UUCAGUACAGCGAAUGAGUCUUCUGGCUCUGUAAAACAAAAAUGGCAGAGUUAGUGUCAGGUUUAAUUUCUUAGCAUUGUUCAGUUCUUGUUACAUUAACACACACCCUCUCCCACUCUCUGUUUCAUCUCAAUCUUCUCUCUCUCAAGAUGAUGAUGAAUGUGUUUUGGUUGCUUUCUCUCUCCUCCAUUCUUCUCUCCUCAACUGCUAAAGGUCAAGAAGAAUCAGUGGAAUUUUUAACUCUCCAAGAAUAUUCAUCUGAGGUUAUCAAUGGCGUCCGUACCUCUGUGGCUGUUCAAAUGGAAACUGAAUACCUCAAGAAUGUCUCGACAACUGUUCUAAUGGCGGAAGCUUGGCUGAGAAACUCUGUUCUUGCACACUAUCCCGGUAAUAAUAUUACCACUAUCGUUGUCGGCCGCUCUGUUUUAUGCAACAGAGAUGAAGAUGAAGAAGAGUACAUGGUUGGUUCGGUUUUGCCGGCGGUAAAGAACACACACUAUUCUCUCACUAGGUGGGGUUUGGAGAGAGAGAUUAAAGUCUCUGCUUCUUUUUCUUCCGACUGUUUGGUUCACUCGAGGGGUGGAGCUUUUUACAGAGCUCCAAUGGCGGAACCUUACAUCAAACCCUUGCUCGCUUUCUUGAAAGAAAUGGGCUCGACGUACGUCGUGGAUGCACGUUUGCAGACUUCGUCGGUGGAAGAAACAUUGGGUUUGGUGAAAACCCACCUCAAAUCCAUGGAGAAUCUUGGAGUUUCUCGUCUGAAAACUGUGAGUGUAAUCGCCGGCGGCGGCGGUCGGAGAAAGCUUUCGGUUAUUGAUUUAACUACUGUAGCUCCUGUUUCUUCCAAACCGGCUUUUCCCAACGGAAGUCCUCUGCCGCCGUUGGUUGGAAUAAUUUCACCCACGCCAAACUUUCUACCUACAGCUCCGCCGCCGUCUCCGCCGUCUCCGGCGGAGAAUCCUACGAGUCCUCCGUUUCUACCAGUGAUGGCUCCGGUGGCUAGCCCUCCAUACGGUCCCCAUUUGCCGCCGCCGUGCGAGCCAUCUCACGGCGGUGGCGGUGGCGGUGGUGGGUACGGCGGCGCGCCGGUGGGUGGGGUGAAGAAGGGGCUGUGGUGCGUGGCGAAGCCGACGGUGCCGGCGGAGACGUUGCAGGAGGCGCUGGAUUACGCCUGCGGAGAAGGCGGCGGUGACUGUGGGGCGAUCGUGCACGGCGGCAGCUGCUACUUCCCGGCUAUGAUGCACGGACACGGAUACGUGGACACGGCGAUACGCGGAUACGGACACGGUGAUACGGCAUUUCCAAAAAACUAGGAUACGGACACGUGGGGGAUACACGUAAAUAUAAAAAAUAUAGGGGUAUAUUUAUAAAUAAUAAAAAUAUAGGGGUACAUUUAUAAAUUGUAAAAAAUAUGAAUAAGUCGUCAUCGCAUAAGAGAACCGCUCACCCUUGUUGCUCGUGUUCUUGGUCGCCGUCGCAUGCUAGACUUUUGGAGUUUUGGGUGGACUCACAAAUAAAUCAGAGGAAAUGUGUAAUACAAAGAAUAGAAAAUGUGCAUUUUUUUUAUUAGGGCUAUCUUAAAA